CCCCGGCCCGGCCAGCCGGCUCUGCCCUGCGCCGGCCUGGGACAAGUGCCGAGCCGGCCCGCUGCCCCCAGGGCGGGGAGUGGAAAACUGCAGCGAGUGACCCGCGUUAACCAGUAACAGAGUCCGGGGCUAUAAGUGCUUAGUCCUCGCCGAGGCUGCAGCCAGCGCCGGAGCAAAGAAACCCACCCAGGUCUUGGGUCUGCCUCCGAAGCAGGAAAUGUCAUCCAUUAAGAUUGAGUGUGCUGUCAAUGAGAAUUGCAAAAUUGGAGAAUCUCCGGUCUGGGAAGAAAAGGAAAGCUCACUUAUAUAUGUGGAUAUAAGUGGUAAAAAGAUUUGCCGAUGGAAUUCAUUCACCAAGCAAGUGCAAAGUGUUUCUAUGGAUGCUCCUGUUAGCAGCGUGGCCCUUCGGAAAUCUGGGGAUUAUGUCGUUACCCUGGGAACCAGGUUUGCUGCUUUAAAAUGGAAAGACCAGUCAGUAACCACCAUUGUUCACAUUGACAAGGAUAAACCAAACAACAGAUUCAAUGAUGGGAAAGUGGACCCUGCAGGGAGAUUUUUUGCAGGUACCAUGGCUGAGGAGAUUCGACCUGCUGUGCUAGAGAGACACCAAGGUGCUCUGUAUACACUCUUCCCUGAUCAUUCUGUAGUGAAGCAUUUUGAUCAGGUGGACAUCUCUAAUGGCUUGGAUUGGUCACUGGAUCACAAGACUUUCUUUUACAUUGAUAGCCUGUCCUACUCUGUGGAUGCCUUUGAUUAUGAUCUGCAAACAGGAAAAAUUUCCAAUCGCAGGAGUAUGUACAAGCUAGAAAAGGAAGAAAGCAUCCCUGAUGGAAUGUGUAUUGAUACAGAAGGCAAACUCUGGGUAGCCUGUUACGAUGGAGGGAGAGUGAUCCGUCUAGAUCCUGAGACAGGAAAAAGAAUCCAGACUGUGAAGCUGCCUGUUGACAAGACAACUUCCUGCUGCUUUGGUGGAAAGGAUUAUUCAGAAAUGUAUGUGACUUCUGCAUGUCAAGGAAUGGAUGAUGAAUCGUUUUCACGGCAACCGCAGGCUGGUGGUAUUUUCAAGAUAACUGGACUAGGGGUGAAAGGAAUCCCACCGUAUUCAUUUGCAGGUUAAAUAUUCACUCUUCGGAACAAAGUACACAUCCAAAAGCAGGAGCAGCUUAAGCAAGAAACAUAUUAAAGAAGUACUUGAGCUGGAAUUCUGCAUCUCUUGCAUUUGAAACCACAGCUCUGUGGGUAGACUUCUGGCAGAAAUGGAUAAAUGAAGCAACUUUUGAAAUGCAUCAAAUUUUUCAAAAUUCUUUGUUUUCUUGGACUCUUGUGUAACUUUAAAUAUCUCCUGUAAUUUUCUAUAACACUAAAAUCAUUCUCAUCUUAAUAAACUUUGGAAUAUAACUUGAAAAGUGGUAUUUUUUGCCUUGUUUGCUCUACCAUCCUUUUUCUAUUUGUAGCUUAUAGUUAAGGCUAAGUUUUUGUCACAGAUAUUUUUAGUAAAAGUCAGGGACUGGUCGUUGACAAUAAACAAAAAUUCAUGGAAGCCUGUGACCUGUCCCUGACUUUCACAAAAAAUAUCCCUGACAAAAUAGGGAGGCGGAUUCAGCACCCAUUGCUGCGGUUAGUGGGAGCUCCGGGGUCCCCCGCUGCUGUGGGAACUAUGGGGUCCUCCUGCCCCCAGGCUGGGCGGCUAUGGGGUCCCCUCACUCCUGAGGUGGCUGAGCUCUCAUGGGGGUCACUCACCACAGCUGGGAGCUGCAGGAUCCCCCAGCUGCCUGCCACAGCUCAGCAGCUGCAGGCUCUGCUGGCUGCCAACUACAGCUGGGCAGCUGCAGGGAUGCCCCCACCAGUGCAGGGGCUGGGAGCUCCAGCCCGGGGGCAGAAAAUGUCACGGAGAUCAGUGGAAGUCAUGGAUCCGUGACCUCUGUGACAUAAUCGUAGCCUUACUUAUAGUGUAUUGAGUCACUGAUGAAAUUUUUUUAUUACCUUCACUUGCCUGCUAUCUCUCUCAAACAAGCUUUCAAAGCUUCACAUAAAUUAUCCACUGUGUACAUUCACAGUAAAGAAAAUAUUUGUUACUGUAAUAUAACUUAGCCAGUGAUGUUUAAUUUUAAAUAGCUUGUUUUAUAUAGUUGGUUUUCAUAGGUAACUUAGACUUUUAUUGGUUAAAUUAGUGCCUAUGAAAGGUGUCUACUAACUGCAUUACUUAACAUAGCCAUCCCUGUAACUUCAGAAUAGGAAGAGUAACUGUAGUGGGCAAUGCAAACUGGCUUGCACUAUCCAGGCAAUAUACUCCUUCACCUUGAAGAACCUGGUUUCAUACAUCUCCCAUGUCCAUCCAUCUCACUAGAGUUCACCUGUCAAA